AUGCUCGAUCUCCAACCCAACUCUGAGCUGCAGUCCAAAAUCGGAGAGGCCGGCAGCUUUAUUAAAAGCGAUGUUUCCGAUUACGACAGCCAAGCAAAGGCCUUUCAAGGUGCCUGGGAUAGAUAUGGCCGCCUGGAUCUGGUCGUCCUCAAUGCCGGAAUAACAGACAGGAGGCGUUCAGAUGUGUAA